AUGGAAAAGAUUAGAGAAAAGUUAAACAGCUUAAAGUUAGAAGCUGAAACUUGGCAAGAAGAGUACGACACCUUGAAAGAAGAAUACAAGGUUUUGGAACAAGACAACACUGAAAAGGAAAACCAAAUCAAAUCUUUGACCACUCAAAACCAAAACUUGGAAGAUGAAGUCGAAAAAUUGGAAGCCAACUUGACUGAAUCCAAGGAAAUGGCUGCUGAUUCCAGUAAUUUGAAGACCAACAACGAAAACUUCUCCAAGAAGAACCAACAAUUGGAAGAAGAAUUAGAAGAAAGUGAUGCCAAAUUGAAGGAAACCACUGAAAAGUUGAGAGACACUGAUUUGAAAGCUGAACAAUUAGAAAAGAAAGUUGCUGCUUUGGAACAAGAAAGAGAUGAAUGGGAAAAGAAGAAUGAAGAAUUGGAAGAAAAGUAUGAAGCUGCCAAGAAAGAAUUGGACGAAAUUGCUGCUUCAUUAGAGAAUUUAUAG